GCUAGAACAUGGCCCGCAUCACUCUCCGACGCGCUUUCGUCUCACUUGUCCUGGUGUGCGCCGCCGCACGCGCCCAGGACGCGUACACCUUCGACCUGAACACCGGCGUCGACCUCCAGGCGGCGACGGACGCAGAGUCUGCGCCGCAGCUCACGUUCGCGACCGAGGCCGGCGUGCCCUACACGCACCCGUACGACGCGCAGAAGAUCGGCGCCGACGGGCCUCUGCUCCUCCAGGACCAGCACAUCAUUGAGACUCUCGCCCAUUUCGUGCGUGAGCGCAUACCCGAGCGUGUCGUGCACGCGAAGGCGGCUGGCGCACAUGGGUACUUUGAGGUCACGAAUGCGGACUUUGUGAAGAAUUACACAAUCAUGGACGUAUUUUCGGAGAAUGGCUUGAAAACCCCUAUUACAGUCCGCAUUAGCACCGUCGGUGGAGAGAUGGGCUCUGCGGACACAGCCAGAGACCCCCGUGGCUUUUCAGUGAAAUUUCGGACGCGUAAGGGCAUCUGGGACUUGGUCAUGAACAACACACCCGUAUUCUUUAUCCGGGACCCCACGAAGUUCCCGCACUUCAUCCACACCCAGAAACGUGACCCGCAGACCCACUUGCGCGAUCACGACAUGUAUUGGGACUACCUGAGCUCGAACCCCGAGUCGCUCUACCAGGUGAUGCGCCUGUUCUCGGACCUGGGCACGCCUGAUGGUGUGCGGCACCUGAACGCGUGGACGGGCCAUUCCUACAGAUGGAUCAAGGCCGACGGCAGCUGGGUCUACGUCAAGCUGUACUGCGAGACGAUGCAGGGUGUCCAGAACUUAACUAACGCAGAGGCGACGGCCAUCGCGGGCUCAAACCCGGACUACUCCCAACAGGACCUGUUCGAAUCAAUCGAGAACAGCACAUACCCCGGCUGGAUCAUGUAUGCGCAAGUACUGACACCACAGCAGGCCGAGACGUUCAAGUACAAUGUCCUUGACCUUACCAAGGACUGGGGCUUCGACGACGUGCCUAAGACCGAGAUCGGCCGGUUCUACCUCACGCAGAACCCAGUCAACUACUUUGCUGAGAUCGAACAGGCGGCCUUCUCUCCUGGACGUACCGUCUCCGGAUGGGAGCCUUCGACGGAUCCGGUGCUCCAAGCUCGUGUGUUCUCUUACGGGGAUGCACAGCGCUAUCGCCUUGGCGUGAACUAUAUGCAACUGCCCGUCAAUGCGCCAACGUCGCCUGUUGCCAACUUCCAGCGUGAUGGACACAUGGCACUCAGCAAUCAAGGCUCGCGUCCAAACUACUUGUCUACUCUGCAGAAGAUCAAUCUUCCACCUCUGCCGUACAUCGAGGAUACUCACCAACAAUGGGCUGGCGGUGCUGUCAAGUCCCUGUCCGAGGUGACUGCCAUCGAUUUCGACUGGCCGCAGCGCUUCUGGAAGAGCCUUUCUGAGCAGGACCAGACGAACUUUAUCAGCAACGUCGUUGGACACCUUGGCACAGUCAACAGCGUGUCUGUCCGGCAGCGCCAGGUCGCGCUCUUUGCGCUCGUCGACCCCGCGCUCGGCAAGGCCAUUGCGGAUGGUGUCAACGUCACGGUGCCCAACCCCCUGCCAAGCUUCCCCACAGGGCCCACCUGGUUCAACACGACGAAGCCUGCGACCAACAGCACGCUGAACUAUUAGAGGGCUAUAGUGCGGUUUCGAGGGCGGACAUGUAAACCCCCCGCGAACCCGAUAGGGCAUUAGACAGCCUGGCUACCUGGAGUUCCGUUGCUUUUCAUGUCUCGG